GCAGCCGGGCGGCGUGGCGGGGGCUUGGGGCGGCCCCCCGCGCCCGGGCGGGACGAGCCGCCCGCCGCCGAGCUGGUGCGGCCCUCGGUCACCGAGCUGUCCCAAGUGCGGACCAACAUCCUGUGCACCGUGCCGGGCUGCGGGAAGGUGCUGCCCAACAGCCCGGCCCUCAACAUGCACCUCAGCAAGGCGCACCCGCUGCAGGAUGGAAAACUUAAUGCACCAAUAAGGAAGGGUUUGAAAACUUCCCAGAAAUUCUACUGCUGUCCUAUUGAAGGCUGCCCUAGAGGACCAAACAGACCAUUUUCCCAGUUUUCUCUUGUAAAACAGCACUUUAUGAAAAUGCAUGCCGAGAAGAAGCACAAAUGUGACAAAUGCAGUAACUCCUACGGUACAGAGUGGUAUCUGAAACGCCACAUAGAGGUCUGUGGCAAGACUUUCCAGUGUACUUGUGGGUGCCCCUAUGCCAGCAGAACAGCGCUGCUGUCUCACAUUUACAGAACUGGCCACGAAAUCCCUGCAGAGCACAGGGACCCUCCCAGUAAGAAAAGGAAAAUGGAAACCUCUGCUCAUAAUCAGCAGCUGGCAGAGAAAGCAAACGAGGUGUUCAUCAGCACUCACAGUGCUGCUCCUGGCACUCAGGAACUGGAGUCCUCUGAAGUGAAAGCGGUGGCCUCUCUUGAAGGCUCCCACAGCUCCAACUUCACAAACCAAAUGCAGCCCAAGUGCACCCCGAAGAUGCUUUUGCCCAAGCCCAAGGUGGCGUUGGUUAAAGUGCCCGUGAUGCAGGUCGCUCACCUGCCUGUUUAUGUGUCUGCAACGGACCCUUCUGUCAAACCUGCUGUGGUGGCUGUGGAUAAUCGAGGUUCAGUUGUAAGUACUGUUCAUCUGUUGCCUCAGUCCAUAGGAAUUCUGAUUCCAGCCCUGGAGGCAGAAACCCUGGUGUUCAAAGACAGUAUGCCUGUUUCCAAAGUGACAGGGGCUGGUGAGCGGGAGCCAGUGAGUACCGGUGUGCAGGUGGAGCUGGACAAGGUUCCAUCCAGUGACACAGGGCAAGAGAUGGGCAACGUUGGUCACAAGAACAAAAUUUCUUCCAUAAAUAUACAGACUGACUUAUCUUAUAUUUCCCAGAACUUUGUCCCAGCUGCAGCCUGGACUCCCAGCUCCUGUGUGUCCUCUUGCUCUCAGACAGAUCUGUCCUUCGGUUCCCAGGUUUCCUUGCCCAUCAGUGUACAGACACAGACACUGCUGCCUGCUUCCAAACUGACAUCAUCCAUAGCUGCUCAGACUGAUGCUUUCAGCCAGGGGUGUUUCCCAACGUGUGGCAUUUCCAGAGAGACUCAAACCAGUAGGUCACAGGACUGUAUCAGCGGAAGAGUUCAGAUGGACCAGGCUGUCAUGUGCAGUGACAUCUUCGACAAUGUUCCUCCAUCGUACAAUGUUUCUACUCACAUGGAACUUCCAGAAAACAAUUUAAUGCCUGCAAAUAUAGAUCAAACCUUGCUGCAAAGAACUAAUUGCAAGAGCCUGAAUCAGGACACGGUGAAGUCUGAAUCCCUGAUCGGCUUCAAUUCACAGACUAAUAUACUUCCACCUCAAAAUACAACAGAUAAUCAAACCCAGACAAUGGACCUGCUAAGUGAUCUGGAAAACAUCUUUUCGGGAAACAUGUCUGGCCAGACACUGGAUAAUCGUGGCCUUUUGUCCGAGACAAGUUCUAAUGCUGACACACAUCUGCCAUCUGCUCCCUCCCAGAGCACGGGCAUAGACUUCGACAUUGAAGAGUUCUUUUCAGCAUCCAAUAUCCAAACCCAGACUGAAGAGAGUGAGCUCGGUACCCUGAACUCUGAGCCGGUUUUGGAGUCACUGGACAUUGAAACUCAGACUGAUUUCCUAUUCUCAGAUAGUGCCACUCAAUCCUACAACUGCCGAGGCAGUUCUAACUUCUUGGGUUUGGAGAUGUUUGACACACAGACCCAGACAGACCUGAAUUUCUUUUUGGACAGCACUACCCACCUGCCUUUAGGAAGCAUUCUGAAGCAGUCCAGUUUCUCCAUGAGCACUGACUCAUCUGAUACAGAGACCCAGACAGAAGUGUAUAUGAUGGCUACUAAAACCACACCUGCCCAGAACAUUGAAAGCAAAGUCCAGCUCAGCAGUGCUGAGACACAGACUAUGGACAGCUGCUUCGAGAACCUGGGCAGUUUGUUCCUCACCAGCAACGAGACACAGACAGCAAUGGAUGAUUUCCUGCUGGCUGACUUAGCCUGGAACACCAUGGAGUCCCAGUUCAGCUCCGUGGAGACCCAGACCUGUGAAGAGCUGUGCUCCUUGUUCCAGAGCUCUGACAAGCCCAGCCACUGAGUGCUACGUGAUGGUUUGAGUUUAACUUAUUGGGGUGGGAGAGAAUGGCUUUACCAAGUGAUCCACUUUGCAUCACUGAAUGUAGUUGUCACGAGCAGUUGACCUAAGAGAUUUUUCGUGCUGAAGGUACUCAUUGAAUAUGUAACUUUACAUAAACUAUGUGUGUAUAAAUGGGGAUGGGGGGGGAGGGAGGGGACUGUAACAUCUUGAUGUACAUUUGAACCUUAAAAAUUAUGUGGUGCCUAUGUUUUCUCCUCAAACUUCUUUACAAAGCUGUUACUGCUUUCAUUUCAAUGGAAGAACUUUUCCAAGUUGUUCUCUCUCUCUCUCUCUCUCUCUCUCUCUCUCUCUCUCUCUUCCUGGCUUACAUGCAGGGUUCCCAUGUGCUGGACCAAAACCCUGACCUGUUCAGUUGAGAUGCUUCCCUGAACUUACGGGGGAGGAUUCUAUUUUUAGUGUAAGCUACUUCUGUUUACUUUUUUUAGGAGCUUGUGUUUUAAAUCCGGCGUGAACAUAAUAAGCCGUAUUGUCUUCUUUUACUUUCUGCCUCCACAGCUCUUUCUCCUGCGUAAGCUGGCACUUCCCAAAUACCUGUCCUACACAUUAGACACAGAGAGAUUCUCAAGUCUUUGAACAUAUUUAUUAUUUAAAAUAUCUAGAAAGCAGUACCUUUUUUUUUUUUUCUUUUUUCUCUCCCUGAGUGGCACUGAUGCCCUUUGAAGGGUAGGAAAAGAACUUGGAGUUCAUAGUUCUAGGCAAAAUAAUUAGUCUGUUGUCCUUUUAGCUGAGGUAAUAAAUGGGACUAACGUUUUUUGAGAGUCUCCAGGGGGGGAUUUGCUUAAAUUAUUUCUGUCUGUAAGAUACAAAUGUUACAAUGUGUGUGCCUCUGAGACUGGAAUCAUUUGUUUUCGCUGAAGUUCUCUUAGCUUUACUGAGAUACAAGUUGGGAAAUGUUACAGUGGUUUAUAGCUCUUACUACCUUCACAGAAAUCUUUAAAAAUGGGAAAUUAAAUUCCUUAAAACACCCACUCA